UUUUUUUUUUUGUUGACGAAUUGGAAUUUUUCUACCUUCCUAAUGAAUCCAAAUCCCCUAUUUAUUAUUUCAUAAUCCAAAUUUACACUCUUCUUUCCUCUUUCUUCACCUUCCUUAUUUGAAUUCAAUUCAAUUUGACACACUUCUGUUAACAUCAUCAUCAGAUCUUUCCCCCAUUUUCUCUCUCCUCCUUCGUCAAUCGCCGCAUCUUUAUGCGCAUUCCUAAAUUUAUCACCAAUUAUCUUCGAUUUCACAGAAAUCUGGGUAAAACUCAAAUUUCUCCCUUAUUUUUUCUGAUAAGGUCACAUUAAUGGCGAUGAAAAGGGGGUUAUUGAGUACAAGCGUUCCCAGGAGUAGAACCAAUGCAUCUUGCUUAUCUACUUCCUCCAUUGUUGUUUUCUUCCUUCUUCUCUUUAUUUUCCCUCUUUAUUUCUUUGUCGGUCGUGGCCUCCAUGUCUCGUCUACCUCUGGGUCUAAAAAUUCGUUUGAUUCAAUUAAAAAGAAUAUAGAUUGGAGAGAAAGGCUCAUAUUGCAACAUUUGAAGCCAUUCUUCUCAAAAGAGAACGUUGAUGUCAUCUCAGCAAAUGUGAAGGACUUGGGGCCAUUGAGCCUUGAUUCUUUUAAAAGAAACAAUGGUUCUGCAUCAUGGAAGGUUGUUGGUCUUGGUCAGGAGAAUUCUGAUGAUGCUUCUCUUGAGGCAAAGCAUGUGGGCUCAAAUGUGAAACAAGAUAAGUCAAAGAGCAAACAAGAUACCACAUCAGAUGAUCACCCUGAUGUAGUGGAUUCACCAGCUGUACAGAUGCGACGGCGGUUAAGAGAGAAGAGACGUGAGAAACGAGCAGCUGAUUUGGUGAAGCAGGAUGAUGAAACUAUUAUGAAACUUGAAAAUGCUGCCAUUCAGCGCUCUAGAUCAGUUGACUCUGCAGUUUUAGGAAAAUAUAAUAUCUGGAGGAGAGAAAAUGACAAUGAGAACGCUGAUUCUACUGUACGCUUGAUGCGGGAUCAAAAUAUUAUGGCAAGAGUGUAUAUUAGCCUUGCUAAGAUGAAGAAUAAGCUAGAUUUGUCUAGAGAACUUCAGAUAAGGCUUAAAGAGAGCCAGCGUGCCUUAGGAGAGGCAACUACCGAUGCUGAUCUUUCUCGCAGUGCACCUGAGAAAAUUAAAGCGAUGGGCCAAGUUCUUUCAAGAGCUAAAGAACAAUUGUAUGAUUGCAAGCUGGUUACAGGAAAGUUGAGAGCCAUGCUUCAAUCUGCUGAGGAGCAAGUGAGGAGCUUGAAAAAACAGAGCACAUUUCUCAGCCAGUUGGCAGCCAAGACUAUUCCAAAUGGGAUCCAUUGUCUGGCUAUGCGCUUGACGAUAGAUUACUACCUUCUACCUUUAGAGAAGAGAAAGUUCCCUAAUAGUGAAAAUUUGGAAAAUUCCAAACUUUAUCACUAUGCACUUUUUUCUGACAAUGUUCUUGCCGCAUCUGUUGUCGUGAACUCCACUAUUAUGAAUGCUAAAGAGCCAGGGAAACAUGUUUUCCAUCUUGUUACUGAUAAGCUCAAUUUCGGUGCAAUGAACAUGUGGUUCCUCCUGAACCCUCCUGGAAAAGCCACUAUCCACGUUGAAAAUGUUGAUGAAUUUAAGUGGCUGAACUCGUCGUAUUGCCCAGUUCUGCGUCAGCUUGAGUCUGCUGCCAUGAAGGAAUAUUAUUUCAAGGCAGAUCAUCCUACUACAAUUUCAUCCGGGGCAUCAAAUCUGAAGUAUAGAAACCCAAAAUACCUAUCAAUGCUUAACCACUUAAGGUUCUAUCUUCCACAGAUCUAUCCAAAAUUAGACAAGAUAUUGUUUUUAGAUGAUGACAUUGUUGUUCAAAAAGACUUGAGUCCAUUGUGGUCAGUGGACCUUCAUGGAAAAGUUAAUGGUGCUGUCGAAACUUGUGGGGAGAGCUUUCAUCGGUUUGAUAAAUAUUUGAACUUUUCCAACCCGCACAUAUCCAGAAACUUCGAUCCUAGUGCGUGUGGAUGGGCAUAUGGCAUGAAUCUUUUUGAUCUCAAGGAGUGGAAAAAGAAGGAUAUCACUGGCAUAUAUCACAAGUGGCAGAAUAUGAAUGAAGAUCGGACACUUUGGAAGCUGGGCACAUUGCCUCCCGGACUAAUUACAUUUUAUGGACUGACACACCCACUUGAGAAGACUUGGCAUGUCCUUGGUUUGGGAUAUAAUCCAAGUAUUGACAAGUCAGAGAUUGAAAAGGCAGCAGUUGUGCAUUACAAUGGUAACAUGAAGCCAUGGUUGGAGAUUGCAAUGACUAAAUACAGAUCAGUUUGGACUAAGUACAUCAAGUAUGACCACCCUUAUCUCCGGAGAUGCAACUUGAGUGAGUGAAAACAUGAUAAGUUGCAUAGUGAUAGUAAAAGUCGGUACACGUGCUUGUUCGUGCUGUCAUUGGCCUCUAAUGGAGAAUUUUGUGUGGUUUAUAUCUCGAAGGUCUCGAUGAGGUUACUCGCACCAGAAGGGGCAUGCUUCAGUUUUUGGGAGCUGCAUAUCCUUCUCUGUUCCCACAUUGUUUAUUCUUUUAUCUAAUUUACUCAAAUAUGUACUCCAUUGUUCUGUAUUAUCUGUGGAUUAAGUCUGAGAGCUCUAUUGUGUCAUUAAUCAGUAAGGGAAAAUGUCUUAUUUUAUGUUAUUCCAUAGUUGGUCUUAAGAUUAGGACCAGAACAGGAUAUGCUGUAUUCUUUGAACAUUGCACAUUAGAUUUGUAGAUCUUAUAAAUGUCUCACCAUGAUAUUAUUUUCCUUUA